UUAUACAUGUGCCCAUUUUAGUGGCAUAUUCUUUAGUCGCUGGGCCGUUGCAAUUGGUCUUGAAACGGCUCUUGAGCUGUCAACAAGCGGCUUCUGCGGCUCGGAUGGCUGCCCCUGGUUUAGUCUGCCUAUUCCCGUAUUCAUCUGCAGCCUUUCUCCGGAGGCUUGACCUAAUCCUCAUCCUUAUCCUCAUGUUCAACUCUACUGAAUUUAUCCUGCAUCAAAGCGCUGUAGCGGCACCGUGCGGCCCCCAGCGGGCGCUCACCGUUGCUGUUGUUGUUGUUGUUGGUGUUGUUGUUGGUGGUGGUGGUGUCCUUUUGUCCCCUUACCAAGCAAGCAACAAACUCCCAUCUCCAAGUCCAUACUGCAUGCACAAUGAUGGCUUCUGUGCUAUGCCGCGGACGGUGAGCAACAGGGAUGGUGGCAAGCGCCAUUGAUUUGAUGAGUAUUGCGAUAGACGGCGUCUUGUGUUUCAGGCAAAACUGGCAGAGAUGAUCACAUUCGAUUAAUUGCCCACGAUACCACAAAGUACUCAUGGUCCAAUCGAGAGGCCUCAAGCAUAGGCGACCCAGCAUUGUUGAAAGCUUGGACUGGAUAGCCGUCGCUCAUACACGUACAAGUGCAUAGAACCACAUUCUUCAAGCAUCGCUCUAAA